GAGUGGAGCACGUUUAUGUUGACGCCCCUCGGACCGGCUGACUCACCUCGGUCGCCCAAAAAACGCAAGCCUUGCCCUGAACCUUUGCUCGGCAGGAGCGUCACGAGAGUCGGCGAGAUAAAAAACGUGCCAAGAUGUGCUUUCACUAUCCCAGCAGGUGAAACAGGUGACGUAAAUGGGCACAGCAUUGUGUGUGUGUGGCGAGGAGGACAGUGCUCCAAGAGGUUGGAUCACAACCAACAAAGAAUUGUUAGCACGAACAAAACCUGCAGUGGGGAAAAAAACGAUCCGAAAUCUACUGGAAAAGACGACCCGGACCAGCUGGACCAGAAAGACAACUGUCCAUUGAAGAUCCUGUGGUGCAUCCAGCCGAGAGGAAUACUGAUCACUUUGUUGUUGCUGGAAGCAAGUCUCGCGGGAGGGCGCUCAGUGAUGGAGGGGGAAUUCCUGAAAGGAAGCAGCCGCGACGCGCCGGCUCAAGGCGGCAGCCUGGUGAAGAAGACCCAGCUGUUGGACCGCGGCAAGUGGGCCAACAAGUUGGAGUUCCUGCUGGCCGUGGCGGGGACCCUGGUGGGCUUGGGAAAUCUCUGGCGCUUCCCUUACUUGUGCUACAAAAACGGGGGAGGAGCCUUUUUGGUUCCGUAUGUUCUGUUUCUCCUGGCUUGCGGCAUCCCCAUGUUCCUCCUGGAGACGGCCAUGGGACAGUACACAUCUCAGGGAUGCAUUACAUGCUGGAGACACUUCUGCCCUUUGUUUGAAGGGAUUGGCUACGCGACCCAGGUGGUGAUCGCCUAUGCCGCCGUGUCAUACAUCGUCAUCCAGGCUUGGGCCUUUUUCUAUCUCUUCUCGUCAUUCAGUUCCGAGGUUCCGUGGGCCAGCUGCAGGAACCCCUGGAACACAGAGAACUGCGUUGAAUUCGACAAAAAAAACAUGUCAUCCAAUUGGACAGCAGCUGCAAACGCGACCACUCCUGCAACGGAGUUCUGGGAGAGACGAGUUCUGGGUAUUUCCAAGGGUAUUGAAGAGAUUGGAAGCCUGAGAUGGGAGCUGGCCUUGUGUCUCUUGUUGGCAUGGAUCUUGUGCUAUUUCUGUGUUUGGAAAGGAGUGAGGUCCACUGGAAAGGUAGUUUACUUUACAGCCACGUUCCCUUAUGUAAUGUUAGUAGUUCUGCUGGCUCGUGGACUCACUUUACCCGGUGCCAUGGAUGGCUUAAUUUUCUACCUCUAUCCAGACCCGACAAAAUUGGUGGACCCUCAAGUUUGGAUGGAUGCGGGUGCACAAGUCCUGUUCUCUUUUGGGAUUUGUCAGGGAAGUUUGACCGCUCUGGGAAGUUACAAUGAGUUUAAUAAUAAUUGUUACAAGGACACGUUUGUUCUGUGUUUGGUGAACGGCGGGUCAAGCUUUGUGGCGGGAUUUGCCAUCUUCUCGGUUUUAGGAUUUAUGUCCUAUGAACAGGGACUGCCGAUAUCUGAAGUGGCUGCUUCUGGACCUGGCCUUGCGUUUAUUGCAUAUCCACGGGCCGUAGCCAUGAUGCCGUUGCCUCAGUUAUGGGCCAUCUGCUUCUUCAUCAUGGUCAUCCUUCUGGGAGCUGACACACAGUUUGUGAGCCUGGAGUGCCUGAUGACUUCCGUGACGGACAUGUUCCCGACGGUUUUCCGGCGAGCUUAUCGGCGAGAACUGCUGCUGCUUUGCCUCUGCUCCGUUUGCUUCUUCCUCGGCCUCCUUCUCGUCACUGAAGGGGGCUUGUAUUUCCUUCAGCUUUUUGACCACUACGUUUGCAGCGGCAACAACCUUCUGCUGCUUUCAGUGUGUCAGUCCAUAGCAAUCGGAUGGAUAUAUGGUGCAGAUCGUCUGUAUGACAACAUCGAAGACAUGAUAGGAUAUCGUCCAUGGCCGCUAAUGAAGAUUUGCUGGCUUUACAUUACGCCCGCUGUUUGUUUGGGUACCUUCAUCUUCUCCGUGGUGAGAUACAAGCCUCUCAAAUUCAACAAAACCUACGUGUACCCGACUUGGGCCUACGCUUUGGGCUGGUUCCUCGGGCUCUUCUGCGUCCUGCUGGUACCGUUGUGGAUCCUCUUUAAAGUGACUCAAAUGAAAGGCACGACAUGGCAGAAUCUCAAGCAGCUUUGCCGCCCUGAAAACCAUCCCCACGACUCGGCAAAGCAACCCGAGCAAUACCCACUGAACCCCAGCAAAGCCCUCGCCCCGGCUGCCAACGACUACAAGGGAAGCGGCGGCGUGGAGAUGGAGGUGCAAGUAUGAGACCAUGAACAUUUUCCCUCAACGUCUCUCAAAUUGCCGUUCUUGUGCCACCUUAACAGGUCUCCCGUUUAUCAUGUUAGUGGUUAUGUCAGUUGAAUAGAUCAUAAGCUUCACUCCAAUCAACGUUUUUCAUGUGUCAGUAUGCCAACGACGAGUGUGUGCAGACACGGGACUGCUGCUGUAAUGUUCUCAUGAGGACGGAUCACAAAGUACCAAAGCUGAAGCACUAUAUUACGCUUUUAACAGGACUGUGUUUUCUGAGUGUAAGCUCCGUGUGCACGUGCAAACUCCCGCAGUGACACAUUCCAAAAAAAAAAAAAAAAAAAGACCUGCUACCA